UAACUUUUUACGACGAAUUCCUUCUUCGACAUUACAAAAUAUUUGUUUUCUACAUAUUUUAAAUAGUUGUCACGACCAUUACGGCUUCGUACGAAUACACAACGAACAGAAAUAACGACAAUGAGAUAAUAUCUCAUGAUCGGGUUGCGCUGGUGUUUGAAAGAAAAGCGGUGGUGGCUGUUCACAGCGGCAUCUCAACAUGACGAGACCCGGCCCUCCUAACGAGAAUAUACCCACGGUGAAGUUGGUGGUGGUAGGCGAUGGUGGCGUUGGCAAGAGUGCAAUCACCAUCCAGUUCUUCCAGAAGCUGUUUGUGACAGACUACGACCCCACCAUAGAGGACUCGUACAUACAGCAUACAGAAGUGGAUGGACAAUGGUGCAUACUCGAUGUUCUGGAUACGGCCGGUCAGGAGGAGUUCAGCGCGAUGCGCGAGCAGUACAUGCGCAAGGGAGACGGGUUCCUACUGGUGUACUCCGUCACUGACCAGCAGAGCUACGAGAACAUCCGACACUUCCACACGCAGAUCCUCAGGGUCAAUGACAGGGAGUCGUACCCGAUGGUGGUGGCGGCCAACAAGGUGGACCUGGUGGCGGCGCGGGUCGUCCCCGAGGAGGCCGGCCGCGAGCUGGCGCGGCGCCUCCACGCGCCCUACGUCGAGACCAGCGCCAAGGAACCGCCGCUCAACAUCGACGCAGCCUUCCACGAGUUGGUCCGAAUCAUAAGAAACCACCCACAGCAAGAGGAGAAGCAGCGACGUCGCAGGAAGUUCGGCAAGUGCACCCUCCUGUGAACUGCGGCGCGUGCACCGCAACAUGGCCGCUAGAACAACCCCAAGCACAUUGGUAACGGUAGUCCAGUACAUAAAAAAUACAUCUUUAUUUAUAAACAAAAUAAGUCAAUUUCAACACUAUUUAAUACCAUAAUGUAGAUUGAAGUGUAUUUCAUAGACAAUACCAUAAAUAAAAAUGGCUAUCUAUCCUAGAGAAAGUGAAAUGAGACAGAAAUUACAAAAAGUGAUCACAAUAAAUUAGAGAUGAAACGGAUAUCCGGUAACUAUCCGGUAUCCGGCCUAUCCGGCGGCCUUAAUAUCCGGCCGAAUACCGGAUAACUACUAUUCGGCCGGAUGCCUAUCCUAUCCUAUUA